AUGAAUGAGAACCAUGACGCUUUUGCAGUGCCACGGAAAGAGAUUUUGACUAAAGAUGAUCUCGAACUUUUCCAUGUGUCCGCCAGCUACGCUAGUCUGUUUGAAUUCUUGGAAGCCUUGAAUGAAAGCAUAAUAGGGGUUGUGAGCACUGCCGAAUGCUAUGAAAGCGAGGUGGUUAAAGGGAUGCUGGAAACACUGGAUUUGGUAAAUGAUGUUGCAGAAGAAUAUCCACCCGAGUCUGGACAUGAGAGUCGGUUUGGCAACCCUGCUUUCCGAAAGUUUUACGAUCAAGUUGGUUUGUCUGCGCCAGAAUGGAUGGAGAAACUGGUGCAGCCCACGGAGGCAGUACCUGAAGUGACCAAGUACUUUGUUGAGUGCUGGGGCAAUCGCAAGAGAAUUGACUAUGGAACAGGACAUGAAGCCAACUUUUUAGCAUGGCUCUAUUGUUUUCACAAAUUGGGUCUAAUCAAACAAGAGGACUACAAGGCAGUGGUAAUCAAAGUGUUUUUCAAGUAUAUUGAGGUUAUGAGGAAUCUACAGUUCACAUACUGGCUUGAGCCAGCGGGAUCCCACGGAGUGUGGGGUCUGGACGAUUACCACUUUCUGCCUUUUCUUUUUGGGGCAGCACAACUACGGGGCCACAAAUAUAUCAAACCAAAGUCAAUUCACGACGACGACAUUGUGUCCGAAUUUUCCAAAGACUACAUGUACCUUUCCUGCGUCAAAUUUAUCAACUCGGUCAAGUCUGCAUCGUUGAGGUGGCAUUCACCUAUGCUAGAUGACAUCAGUGCAGUCAAGACCUGGGAUAAAGUCAACUCGGGUAUGAUCAAGAUGUACAAAGCAGAGGUGUUUGGCAAGCUUCCGAUCAUGCAGCAUUUCAUGUUUGGGUCGUUGCUCCCAUUCAAAGGUACGAGUGACAGUCGGAUCUUGGAAGAGGACGAGGAAGAAGCUGGCGUGGAGGGUCAUACACAUGUGCAUGCGUUCGGCCAGGAGUUUCCAACUUGUUGUGGAAUGAAGAUUCCAAGCGCGAUUGCUGCAGCAGCGGCCGCGGGCAAUAGUGGUGCAUCGGGUGAUAGAACUAUUUCUGGACUCUCUUCAAGCGGAGCAAGGCGAUUACCUUUUGACUAG